AUGAGUCAUUAGAACGCAAAAAACUUAAGAGAUUUACUUAUAAAAUAAUAACUUAAUAGUAAAAUUAAAUUUAAAGGGGAACCUGUUAAUAAAAUUCAACUAAAUAUCAAAUAAUCAGGUAAUUGGGAUAAAAAAGUAGAUAUAACCUAAUGCUAUUGUAAUUAAAAGAACUGCAAUAUUUGUGGAAAGAAACGAGUUGUAAUUAAUGCUUCACCUUUACUUAAAGUAAAGGUAAGUACAAAAAAUCAAGUCUGCGAACCUGAUAGUAAAAGAGAGUUCAAAGUCACUAGCUCAGUUUCAGCACAUCAAUCCCCUAAUCGUGAAAAACAAUAUCAAAUGCAAUAAACUUUUUUAUAAAAACAAAUUUAGAGUCAUCUGCAACAACUCUAAGAAUCACGUCCUUAAUCAAGAUAAAUACCUAAAGACAAUAAACCAUAAUUUUAUCAAAACAUGGACAAUUUUUUAAAUAAUUACUAUCAAAAAAGCAAUUUAAGCAGCUCUUAGUUAUAUUAAAAUAGUUUUAGUGUGAAAUCAAAGGUAAUUCCAAAAAGAAUAGAAUCCAAAAGUCAUGUCCUAAGUAAUACUCAAACUUCAUUUAAAUUGAAAUUAAAUUAAUAAGGUCCCAAAUUUUCAGUUGUAUCAUAUUGAAUUUAAAUUAGAUAAUCAAUUCUGGAUUGGUAGAAUCAGCUCCAAAUUCUCCUAAAAAUAAUGAAAAUUCAAAUAAAGGCAAAAUGACUCCUAAUGAUUCAAUUACAAAAAGCAAUGUGAAUUAAAACGAAACUAAAUUAAGUGAUAUCCGACGAAAGUCUACAGGUGAGAUUUCAGAAAAAACUUAAGUAUUAAGUUAGAAGAUAGAAGAACAAGUAAAUAGAGUGCAUUUUAAAUUUCUGUAUGUAAUUGGAAAAGGGGGAUUUGGAAGAGUUUGGAGAGUAGAAAUGAAAAGGAAUAAAAAAUUGUAUGCACUUAAAGAAAUGUCAAAGGCUAAAGUAAUCUAAAAAAGAAGUGUUAAUUCGGUUUUAAAUGAGAAAUACUUAUUAGAACAUCUACAUCAUCCUUUUUUAGUUAAUAUGUGGUAUGCAUUUUAAGAUAGGGAAAAUCUGUUUUUGAUUAUAGAUUUAUUGACUGGAGGAGAUCUUAGAUUUCAUUUAGGAAAAAUGAGAAGAUUUAGUGAAGCUCAAACUAGUAAACAUUGCUUUUAUUAUUAUAGAAUUUUUUGUGGCUUGCAUAUUGUUGGCAUUAACUUAUUUACAUUAGAAUGGGAUUAUCCAUAGAGAUUUGAAACCUGAAAACUUGGUAUUAGAUGAAGAUGGAUAUAUGCGAUUAACAGACUUAGGCAUAGCUAGAAUGAAUAGAGGAAAUAAUGCUGGAGAUACAUCAGGAACACCUGGAUACAUGGCACCUGAGGUAAUGUGUAGAAUGGAUCAUUCAGUUGUGGUUGAUUAUUAUGCACUAGGAGUCAUAACAUAUGAAUUGAUGCUCGGAAGAAGACCUUACAAUGGUAGAACUAGAUAAGAUAUCAGAGAACAAAUUCUAGCGAAGUAAGUUCAGGUUAAAAGGGAAGAGUUGCCAUUAGGUUGGAGUGAGAGUGCCCUUGAUUUUGUAAAUUAGGUAUAUCUUGAUUGAUUAUAUUGUUAGCUAAUAUUGAGAAAGCCAGAAAGAAGACUUGGGAGUAAUGGGAUUGAAGAGAUCUUACAUCAUUCUUGGUUGAAAGGGUAUCCUUGGGAUGAUUUAUUAAAAAAGAAAGUUUAAGCUCUUUAUGUUCCAGGGGUAUUGAAGUUGAUCGAAUGUUUAGGCUGUUGAUGAUAAUUUCGAUUUUCAGAAUUAAAUAUCAGAAGAGACUUAAUUAAAUGAAGAACAGUAGAUGGAGAAUCAGGGACUGUUAAGGAGGGAUACUGUGUAAUGUAUGAAAAUUUGUAAGUUGUAGCUUUGUUUGAUGGAUAUAGUUUUGAUGUUGAGUUAAAAAACAUUUAACAUUAGUAAACGUAAAAGAAUUAAACUUAAAGGAAAUCACAACCUGUUUCUCCAGAGAAAAGAGCAUGA